AAGAUUUCUUUUUUGGCUUCAACCAGGUCCUAGCGGCCAAUGCUGCCGACUUAAACGCUGAAGUGCGGAGACGAUAAUUGAAAUCCCAUCCUUUUUUAAUUCAAAGAAAAUGGAUGCUCAUCAUGUAUAUUCCAUGAGCACAAGAUUAAUUUACAGCCUGCAGCAGAGACUCUGGGAGUAUGGAGGAGCGCUGGAGAUGGCAUCGCUCGUGGGGGAUCCCCGUUAUUCCUUCUUGGUCCUUCUUCCUCUCUCCUUCCUCUUCAGCUUGGGCACCGGUCUCAGAGUUCUCUGGGCUGCUGCCAUGGCUGAUUGGCUGAACUUGAUGCUGAAGUGGAUCUUGAAGGAUCAUCGCCCAUACUGGUGGGUUCCAGAAAUGGGUCCCGUGGAACUUCCCCGCCUGGAACAGUUCCCCCAAACCUGUGAAACAGGCCCUGGAUCUCCAUCAGGCCAUCUCAUGGUCACAGCUGCAACAGGAUACAUUGUCGUCGACAUCCUUUGCGCUCGCCUUCGGCUUCCACGCAUGUCAGGCUCGGUGUUCUACAUUAAAUUGCAGAAAAUGGUGUGGCUGUCAUUUGGCAUACUCCUGCUAGCCGUUGGGCUGAGUCGCGUCUACAUUGCCACUCACUUCCCUCAUCAAUGCUUUCUUGGUCUCAUUGCAGGCCUCUUGGUUGGGAAGGUAGUUAAUUCAGUGCACAUGGUUGGAUGGAGGAGCUACAUCUACUUGCUGGGGAGUGGACUGAUACUUCUGGCCUCCUUCUCCAUCUUCAUGCUCCAGGCAGACCCUCUCUGGUCUGAGGCCCUUGCCAUCAAAUGGUGCUCCCAGCGCGCCUGGGUCCAUCUGGAUACCACCCCCCUGUACACUGUGAUGCGCGAUGCUGGCACCCUUGCGGGCGCCGGCUUCGGCAUCAACACCCGUGCAUCCUUCUGGGGUCACUUGGCAACAGCUGUUUUUGGCAUCAUUACUGGCAGCCUCCUCAACCAGACGAUUGCAAUCAUUCCAAGUGCGAACAAGAUCGUCUUCUAUGCUGUUGGAUUCGUCCUCAAUGCACUUUAUGUCUAUGGAUUGGUCAAGUUUUGGCCAGGUCUAGGGGGAAUGCUGAUUGGUGGGAAAAAGAAAGCUCGAUGACAGAGAAUCAUCGUAAGAAUUCCCUAUUUAUUCUAGUCAUGAAUGAAAAACAAAUAUGCCAGAGAACGUUUAAAAUGCCAGCCCCUAUCUCAUCAGUCAAACUUGGGUGGACCAGUUACACUGGAAAUUUUACCUGUGUGUCACUGUACACUUUUCAAUGUUUUUCAUACUACCGGGAUGACUGUUCUCAGUGGUGACAUCUACAAAUUCUUUAUAUAUAUUAUGUGAAUUUUCUCAUAUCUCCUGAUGCAGUCAGUUAAGAGCAACAUUUUGAAUUUCAUUGAAUGCA